AUGGCUGAGAAAAGAGAUUUAGCGAAAAGCAAUGCUGAGGAAGGUGAGGAGAUUGUAACUGUUAGUCAACUACGAGCGUUCAUAGAGCAGGAAGAAGGCGAGCGAGUUAUGAAUGGACCUAAAGAUAUGGUCUGCACAUAUCCUGAGGUGAGUUUUGAUGUUUAUUAGUUUGUGUCAUGGUUUAUAUCGUUCAUUAUGACUGUUUUUUGCUAGAAUUUAGACUUUGAGCUAACUUUUUUUUACAGUUUAACAUUAUUUUUUAAAUAAAGAUAUUAGUUUUUGGUUUUAGAGCUAUGUUUCACGACAAUCAGUAUUCUCAUGUCUAACAUGUCAGAAGGAAUCUGGAGAGUUGGCUGGAAUAUGUUUUGCUUGCAGUGAGAAUUGCCACGAAGGACAUGAACUGGCGCAACUAUACACAAAGCGCAAUUUUUGCUGUGAUUGCGGGAAUUUAAAGUUUAAGGAUAACAAAUGCAAACUGUUUGAAGUAAGUUGAAUAAAGUUAAUGUUUUAGGUAAUUUUUAUGUGUUAGAAGUUGGUUUUAAGAUUUUUAAGGUAAAUUUUUGGUUUAUGAGGUGUGUUUUAUAAUGCUUUAGUUACAUUUCAUGUUGUAUUUGGGGUUUAGGUCUUGCUUUAGUCAAAUUUUACUAUUUAAGGUAUAGUCGGUUUUUGCUGGUUUGUUAUAGUAAUUUUUUAUUAAUAACAAUACGUUUUUUCAGGAAAAGAUUCCGAAGAACCGUCGUAACAAGUAUAACCACAACUUUAAAGGUCUAUACUGCACUUGCGAUCGACCUUACCCUCUACCUGAAGAUGAUCCAAUGUAUACAGAGGAGAUGGUGCAAUGCUGUAUUUGCGAGGACUGGUUUCACACUGUACAUGUUGGUAUAACGGAUGAGUCUUGCCUCGAUCUACAGGAGGAAUUGGUCUGCAUCGAAUGUGCCAAGACUUAUCCAUGGCUAAGAAAGUACAAGAAGUUGUUGGAUGAGCAGUUAAAGCGUGAAGAGCAGGAGAAUAAGCCAGAAUUGGGUAAGGCAACUUCAGAAGUUCAAGCUACGACCUCAGAUGUGCAAAAAGAUGCAAAGAUUGGGGACAGUAAGGACGAUGUGAAAGUCGAGGAAAAGAAAGAUUGUGAAGUAAAGGAGACGACAGAGAAGAAGACAGAAUGUAUAUUGGACAAUGUUGAAUGUGAAGAUGAUGGAAAAGGCAUCGUGUUUGCAUCAGUGGAGUGGAGGAAGUUGCUUUGCAAGUGUGAGAAGUGCAAGGUAAGGGAGACUAUGGCAAAAUUGUUAUUUUUGAAUUUUUUUUGCAAUAUUUUAGGUCGUUCAAAUAAUUCUGGGCUCUUUAAUUUUUAAAAUUUUUAAGUUUUUUUCUUUUAUGUCUUAAUAUUGACUAUGAUCAUCUUUUGCUUUGAGAUUAUAUUAUUAUCUUUCAGCGUUUCUAUGAAGACGAGGAGAUGGAGUACUUGUCUGAUGAGACGGACUCAGCGCUUCGAUAUGUUGAAAGGAAUUUCGAAGUCAUGAAGGAAAAGGAUGACAAUUUGUACAGCGAAUUGGUCAGGUUGAGUGGUCCCGAGUUUGCUCAACGAUUUACAGACAGUGAGUUAAACAUUUUUUUGACCAGGCUUAUAUUGUUGUAGGUCUUUAAAUUUACUUUUUGAUCUUUCUCAUAUUGUUUAUUUUAAGUGUUGGUUUUUAUCAGUUUUAUAUUGUUUCAGGUUUUUAUGUUUACCGUUUUGUUGUUUAGGCUUAUAUUGUUCAUGAUUGAUGGCUGUAGAUUGGAUUUUUGAGAAUUUAAGCUGGUGUACAUUAUAUUUUUGAUAAUAUUAGGUUUUUCAAAUAAUUCUGCGCCUUUCUCAAAGCAAAUUUACGGGGUUAGGGGGCACAUAAUUAUUUGAACAGCUUAAUAUUGUAGAAACAUAGGUUGAGCGUUUUAAAAUUGAACGAAAAAAUAUUUUUUUUUAUCUAAAAAUACCUCUUUCAGAUGUCCAAAGCUUCAAAACGGCGCUGAGUAACUUUGUGAACAACUCCGAGCCGGGCAAAGUCAUAACGAAAGAACAGAUUGACGGCUUCUUCGAGGAGGUGAACUCGAAACGUUUCAAACCCAAUGACGAUACUCAAAUGUAA